UUUUAUUAUUUUUUAUUUAUGUCGUCUUUAACAAGAGAGAAAGCUGAAGAAAUUUGUCAACAUAUUAGAACAAAUCCGGAUUCAAUUUUUGGACAAAAAUAUUGGCAAUGUAGACAUGCUUGUGUUGUUCAAUCUCAACAAAAGUCUGACAAAUGGGAGACACGUUUUUUGGCAAUUGCAAAAUUUCGAGUUUUUCUUCUCUAUGGAAAAAGUGUUUCUACUAUAAAGCUGGAAAAGUCUUUUAAUGUGCUGGCUUUACGAAAUUUGGAGUUGCUACAACAGGAGCAGAUUGACCGUGUUAUGUCUGCACCGUAUUUUGGUCUACCAGGACCGGAGGACCGUGUCUACCAAAACUCGCUCCAAAUAGGCUGGGAAGACCGUCCUGGUGGCACAAAAUCGUUUUCUUCUACUCCAAUUGUCGUUCUUCAUUUAUUUCUUCGCAAACCUGAUGGAAGUAAAACAAAAGAUUUGGCAUUAGAAUUACUUUCAACAUUAAAACAUUAUUUUCCUGAAAUUCAAAAAAGUUUAACAAAAUUAUUUAUUUCUUUAUCUCCGCCUUUAAUCGCUGAUUUUGCUUUAUUACCUUUAUCUACACCGGAAUUGCCUUGUCAUAAUUUUCGACGUUCUUAUGUUGCUUAUUGUGACUGGAUGGAACAGCCUUUUAGAGAUGAAAUUAUUUGGGAUAUUGAACGCAUUUACUUUUUUCAUGGACAACAUGAAUUGGAUUUAAAUGAUUUUAGUCAUCUUUCUUUAAAAGAUCAACAAGCCUUAAUAGGCUCUAUACAGUUUUCAAGUUUCUUUACUGGAAUUUUUGCAGAUUCCCUCAGAUUACAAAACGAACACAUCGAUUCUUUAUUUUUAUUAAUUCGUCGUUCACAUUCUUUACGUUCUCUUUACUUUAAUCGCUGCACUCUUCCGAUUAAAGAUUUUUUGACUCAAUUUUCUAUUGCUCUUUCAACAAAUAUUAAUUUGCCUUUGGAACGGCUUCGAUUGGUUGGAAUUGUUUUGGAAGAUAAAAAAGGUUUUCUUUUAAUUAAUUAG